AUGGUCCAACUACAUAACUUUUUCUUUUUCAUUACUUCUAUGGUCGUGCCUCGUGGCACGGCAGCACCCUUACUAUUGAAAUGGUUCGUCAGUAGAGAUGUUCCCACUGGUGCCCCUUUUUCCAAUGGGACUAUAAUUCCUAUUCUUAUCCCUUCAUUCCCUCUUUUGGUCUAUCUACAUUCCAGGAAAUUCAUACGCUCCAUGGACGGAGCAAAAAGUGGAGUCUUGGUCAGAGCAAGCCGCCCUAUUCUAUUACCAGACAUAAUUGGGAGAAGCUCAUCCGAAACUAGAGCUGGAAACGCCUCAUUUCGUUUCGUUCCCGUUCUUCAUUUCCUUCUUAUCGAAUCCAAGGGGGACUUCUCAUAUUUAGAAUCUUUCUGCGGUGUGCUCUGUUUACUAUUCUUUCGUACUCUCUUCUCUUUACCACGCGAUAGGUCAGCAAAGCGUGAGCGGGCGCGGAGAAGGAAACGCCAAACACUUCGGCCUAAGCCUAACGGGAAUGAGCAACAACGAAAUGACAAGAUGGGGUGCUCCGGGCACCCCCAUUUAGAAAGAAGGGUCGAAGGUUUUUGGCCUGUAGCUUUCCCCGUCCCCCCUUCGUCGGGUGGUGCUUGUGUGGGGGGUGUGCCACCUGAACCUGAAAUCGGGCUUGAAGCUCUCGCCUUACCAACGAGCCGACAGCUGAUGGCUGUUGGUCACGACUACCACCAAAAAGCUCCAAUGAAGAUGAAUAUUUCACAUUUUGGAGUGUGCAUCUGUAUGUUGGGUGUUCUUCUGUCUAACACAAAGAAGAUACAGUUCACUCAACGAUUGCCUUUGGGUUCCGAACUCCAUAUGGGGAAGGAGCGUUGUUGUUUCCGAGGUCUCGAUCAUUUACAUGGACCCACUUCUCAUUCCAUUUGUGGGAAUUUGAUGAUCUAUAAACCGUCCCUAACGAAUGAUCGCCUCAUGUUUGAGCAUGAUGAAUCACUUCGUGCCGACCUGUUGCCAAUAAACUUUCCGGCCUCAUAUGAGAAUGGAAAACUGGAGAAUUUUCUGCAUCGGUGGAUGAAAAAUCGCGAACAUAAGAAUUUUUUGUUGAUCAUGUUCCCAGAAAAAAGAUACUUUAGAGAAACAACGAGCACGACUGAAGUGGCUAUACAUACAAAUCCAUUUACGGAUAGAUAUGCUUCGAUUGGAACUGGAAGUUCCAGAACAGGCGGCUGGUAUACCACCAUAAUGAAACUGCCUUUUCUUUUUUUUAUUCGGAUAGGAUUUAUGUUGGCUUCGUCGGGAGGCUCGCGUAGUUUGUUACGUCAGCUCCAAAAGGAUGAGUUGCGUUGGAAUCGA